AUGGCUUCCUCAAAUGUCAACGUUCUGCUCUCGACCUUUCCAGGACUGUCGCUGCCGGCGACACUUUCGUUCACCUUGCCAUCGACAGCGAGCACAUCAGACCUGACGGUCAAAAUCGCUUCAUAUCUCCCGCCAUUCCUUUCUCUUCAGUCACUCGUCCUUACUACAACAAACAACAAACACCUCACGGCUAGCUCCGAAUGUGUCGAAUCAUUCCUCCCGACCCGCGAUGGCGUCUUUACCUCCACACUCCUUCCUCUUCGCCUGACUGCCCCCGUCUGUGGUGGAAAAGGUGGUUUCGGAUCCCAGCUGCGUGCCGCCGGUGGCCGCAUGUCCAGCAAGCGCAAACGCAAUCAAGGUGACAACAAUGGCUCUAGUCGUAAUCUUGAUGGCCGCCGGCUGCGCACCGUCAACGAAGCAAAGGCACUCGCGGAAUAUCUCGCUGUAAAGCCAGAAAUGGACAAGAAAGAAAAAGAGGAACGCCAGCGCCGAUGGCAAUCCGUGGUGGAGAUGGCCGAAAAACGCCAGGACGAAUUGAAGAACGGCAACGGCAGACAGAAGCUGGAUGGACAGUGGAUGGAAGACAGAGAAGAAAUGAGCGAAAAGACCCGUGAGGCAGUUUUACGGGCUGUGAAGGAUGGAGAAUGGACAGACAAUCUUCGCGACGCUAUCCUAGGCGGAUCCAGCACUAGCGCCAGUGAUGAGGGCAGUGAGGAGGAUGCUUCAUCCAGCGAGGAUGAAGAGAGCGAGGGGAACGGAAAAUCAUCCAAUCCCGGAUCCUCUGUGCCUCAAAAGGCUACACCCAGGAAGUUUAUAGGCUUCGAUGAGGAUGACGAGUUUAUGAGUGACUCUGAUGAGGAGAUAAACGAAUCUGGCAAGGGAAAGGGAAAGGCGCGUGUUUGA